AAUUUUUAUACCGUAAAAAAUAACUAUCGAGAAAAUAAAAUAAUUAAUAAGACAACUCAGUAAAUAGGACGAUUCUGGAGAUAAAAUAUGAUUAAAAGUCGUCUUAAUAGCGUUCUGAAAUUCAUCAAUUAUUGGUUCUUCCGAUAUCUCAUGGUGACAGAACUAUACAUGACAGAGCCAUGGGAGCGAGUGGCAAUACAUGUUUUCCUAUUUCUCAUCUUUCUCGCUCAAUUUGCAUUCAAUUAUUCCGUCUUAUUGCCAUUCACUGCAAAGUUAUUUAAUAUAACCAUCGUGAAAUAGCUGUUAUCAGUAUAAGAAUCAAGUAAAAUUAGUAAUACA